GGUACAAAAACUUGCACAAAUGCACUUGUGUUUGGUAAUGGCAAUUAUUAUAUCUCAAUCUCAUAUUCUAUUGGAGGUGAGAUCUGUAGACUUUGCAACAACUCAAAUUCUAGACUGAAUUAGUUCCCAUUUCAAGGCAAAAUUCUGUCAUGGGAAAGGAUAAUGACCAAGAACUAAAGUAUGCCUGGGGUCAUUUACUUUACAAAACUGAGAUCUCUACAGAAAAUUGAAAACCUUAAAUAAAUAUUAUCUUGCAUAAACCACAUCAUGCAGGUUUUGAGAGAACUGAGAUCCUUACUGAACAGAUGACGGUAAGGAGGGAGAAGAAGAAGAGGGGAACAGAGAUUUUUAUGCCCUAGGUUUUGGUGGUUUUCCUUCUCUCGAACAGAAGAGGGUAAAGAGGGAGAAGAAGAAGAAGAAGAGAGUAAGGAAGGAUCAACCACAGGAAGACAAGAGGAAACAGAGGGAUCGAACAGCAGAAGGAGAACAUAUGGGAGUGUUUCGUGCGACCAGAAGAGAGAAAUGAGGGAGAAGAAGAAGAGUGAAGGAUUGAAGACCAUUACCAUUUUGGAUUUUUGGUUGAUCCGGUCGAGUUAUCAAGGUUUUUAUUUAGACCAGUUAAGUGAAUGAUCCACCAUACACAUGGCCGAUGCCAUGUGUCGGCAUGGCAAGUAGGCUCCGCCAGCCUCACGCCAAGUUCAGACGCUGUAGAGGAUUUCGAAAUCUUGCGUUUCUCUUGGACGCCAGCUGGUUCAUUGGUUUUGAUUUUUCAAAACGUAAAAAGUAAGCUCUGGUGUAGAAAAAAUCAUUUUUGCUCUGUUCUGCUAAGCUUUUGCUAAAUAAGCUUUCUCACUUACCUACCUCUCGUUCAAGGUAGUUGCUGUGAGUUUCAGUUGUUCGAUUCAGAAUCUCUCUGUUUGUCUGAAUCUCACCACAAUGGCUGCUGUUGUCACCGCAUUGGGAGUUUCUGUUGGACCUAUCACCGAAGUGGUCAAGGCUGUAGUGGUUUCUCUGAUUCUCCGUCCCCUUGGUUAUCUUGUUCACCACAAGAGAAACGUCGAUGAGCUUAGAGAAAAAAUGGUCACACUGGAACAUCAGAAAACAAGUGUUCAGCGGUUGAUGGAUGUCGCAAGAGAUCGGGGACAAGAUAUCAAAGAAGAGGUAAGUAGUUGGAUUAGUAAAGUGAAUGCCACAAAGGAAGCGAUUACGGUAAGGGCGUUGGAUGUCGCAGAUCAACAGAACAACGGAUGCCUAUUGGACUGCCGUGCUCGUUACUCUGUUGGCAAAGGAGCAAAAAUAAAGAUCGAUGAAGUCAAUGAUCUUCUAAGGGAACGCGACCAAUUUGGCGAUACUGUGUCAAUUCCUCCUACAGCUCCUCGUGUCAUAGAAUUCAUGCCGUUAAUGCCUAAUUUCCAAGUUUUUGAGCCCACCAACUUGGCCAUGAAUCAAAUUAGGGAGGCCUUGGAGGACAAGAAGUUCAACUUGGUUGGAGUUUAUGGUAUGGGCGGGGUCGGGAAGACGACCUUGAUGAAAGCAAUGGCCAAACAACUGAAUAACAAAGGGGUCUUUGAUCGUGUUGUGAUGGUCACCGUGUCUCAAAACCCUAUUUUGAAGAACAUUCAAAAUGGUAUUGCAGAGAACUUGGGAUACAAAUUCAGUGAAGAAGACGAAUCGGUACGAGCAAGUCGUUUAUCGGAGAGAAUUAAGCAAGAGGCACGAAUCCUCAUAAUCUUGGAUGAUGUAUGGGAGGAACUGCCAUUAAGAGAAGUUGGAAUUCCGUUUGGAGACAAAGACGAUUGCAGCGUUAUCAUCACGACAAGAUUGUUAGACGUGUGUGGGGACAUGAACGCCCAAUGCAAUGUUGAGGUGAAGGAUUUACCCGAAGCAGAUGCAUUUCGGCUAUUUAGAAUGAUUGCAGGUGAAGAAUGUGUGGACUCCUCGAAGCGAUAUGAUGUGGCCAAGGAAGUUGUUAAAGAAUGUGGGGGUUUGCCAGUGGCAAUUGUUACAGUUGGAAAGGCACUACGAAAUAAGGACCGGACUGUAUGGGUUGAUGCAAUUACUCAACUGAAGGAGGUAAUCCCAUCGAGAAUUCCAGGUAUGCUACCACGAGUAUUCUCCUCAAUAAAAUAUAGUUAUGAUCGGCUUCAAAACCUGGAAACACAACUUUGCUUCUUGUUUUGUUGUCUAUUUCCUGAAGACUUUAUUAUUUCUGAAGAUGAUUUGCUUCCAUAUGUGUUGGGUGAGAAUAUAUUUGAAGCUACUGAAACCAUGAAAAAGGCAAGAAAUAGGUUGCAUACGGUGUUGGAAACACUUAAAUGGUCAUGUUUGCUAUUAAAUGUAGAUGAAAAACAAGGAUGUGUUAGGAUGCAUGAUGUUGUUCGAGAUGUGGCCAUUUGGAUUGCAAAAGAAGACCAUGGCUUUAUUGUAGAAGUUGGAAAAGGACUGAAGGAGUGGCCAGACAACAUGAAGAACUUGCAAAAAUGCAAGCGACUCUCUCUAAUGCAUAAUAAAAUCAGUAAGCUCCCAGAACAGAUGAGUAGUUAUUUUCAACUCAUGACGACCUUAUCAUUACGACAUAAUCCAAAGAUAGAAAUUCCUAGUGAAAGUUUUGAGGGUAUGAUAUCACUCAAGGUUCUAGAUCUCCAAUACACAAAUAUUCCUUCAAUACCACCAUCGUUCUCCAAGUUGACGGAGCUUCGAGUGUUACGUCUAGCUAUUAUGCGUGGGAAGAUAGAUUUAUCAUUGCUUGGGAACAUGAAGAAACUUGAAAUGCUCCAUCUAAGUCACUGUUACUUAAGGACUUUGCCCCAAGAAAUAGGGGGAUUGACAAAUCUUAAGUAUUUGGAUUUGUCAAGAAACUAUUCAUUGAUUAUUCCCCGAAAAGUCUUGUCGAGGUUAUCUCGCUUGGAAGAAAUCGACCUUUCAGAGUGCUUUAAUGAGUGGGAGAUUGAAGGAUCAGAAGAAAGUAGCAAAGCUUGUUUGUCUGAGGUUGCAUCCUUGUCUGAUUUGACAAAGCUCAAUUUAGAGGUGUCAAACAUAAAAUGUCUCAGUUCCGCUAUCCCAAUUCGCUGGGAAAAUUUGACACAAUUUUGGAUAAUGUUUCAAAGGUUUGAAUUCAUAGUUGACCUAACAUCAGCUAUGAUGCCUCCCCGGAGGUGGGAUCGUUAUUCAGCUGGGAUGUGUUUUUCCCGACUAACAUUCCCUGAACUUUUCAAUUGGGCGAAGGGGUUGUUGGGACGAACAGAGUACCUAUAUUUCACCCAUUGUCGUGGUCUAAAGAACAUUUAUCCAGGACUAAGUGGAGGAGGAAAUGGUCUAAACAAAUUACAAUCUCUCGAAAUUGAAGCAUGCGAGGAUCUAGAGCAUAUUUUAUUUGCGGAGGAAGGGAGUACUGUCCAUACACUAGCAUUCAACAGGUUGGAAGAAUUUACGUUGGUAAACAUACAAAACUUGAGGAAAAUCUACCACGGACGUUUUCUAAAGGGGAGCCUGGAGAACCUAAGGAUCUUAAGUAUUGAUAGAUGUCACAAUUUGAAACACAUCUUUGAAAUGAGUAUGGCUCAAGGUCUCCCGCAGCUAGAAGAGAUUCGAAUUUCUACUUGUGAUGGUUUAGAGGAAAUAUUUAUGAAGAAUGAGGGAGAAGACAAGGAGGGUAAGGUGGUGCUUCCUCGAUUAAGGGUUCUUCAAUUAAAGUCAUUGCCCAACUUCUCAACGGUAUGCCAAGUUGUGUCACUUCGUGAUUUCCCAGUCUUUGAAAGUUUGUUCAUUUACAAAUGCCCCAAUUUGAAAAGACUCCCCAUAAGUUUGAGUCGGGAGAGCACACCAAGAUUGAGAGAGAUCUUUGUAGAAGAAACAUGGUUCAAUCAGUUGGAGUGGGAUAAACGAAGUGACAAGCUGCACCUUCAAGAAUUGGAUAAGGUUAAAUUUGUGAAAACUGUCUGGGAGUACAUGGAUGCUGAGGAAGUAUGUGAUGGCCAUGUUAACCAAGAGAUUUAGCCGUGAUGUGUGCAGGAAACAAAAAUCAGGGUAUUGCAAUCAGGUCUUCAAAGCGCAUUGAAGUUGGGAUGGAAAGAUGUAGGAGUUUGGACAUAUUACCAGAGUGUCGUUGACUGGUUAACCCAUAAUUCUCGAGUUGAAUGGCUUUGGGAGCUUUUCUCUCUUCUGCAUGAUAUUGCUCAUUUAUUUCAAACAAAAAUUAUUUUUUUGGUAAUUUAUCUCAAGCAAUUGGGUUUGUAAUAUUUAAGAAGACAAGAUAUGUUGAUAGUUUCGGUAGCCUAUAGAUUGGCUAUAAACUGCUAGAAUUUCUAGAAUUAUGAACAAACUGAAUCAUGAUUUGCAUGUUGUUUUAUUUCCUCAGUUUUUCUAAUAAUAUAUUUUUUUUCCUUUUAAUCUAA